AUGGCGGACAUACUCAAAGAGCAAUUGAGUGCUAUUAAGCAGAGAAAUGCGCCCACUAGGGCACCAGCAGAAAAGAAUGAAGAAGAAAAGACCCAGAAGCUACCAAAGGGUGUUGUUCUGGAUAAGGACGGCAAGCCUCAGAAUUUGAGAAAUACAACUAACGGUUUAUGUUAUGAGAGCAGUUGCCGAACCUGCACCUCCCUAGCAGACUGGAGGGCGUUGACGAAGAUGAAAGCCGGCCUUCCACCUAAUGCAUCGCCCCCUUCUUCCAAUGCCUCCUCUACUACAAGUGCUACACCCGCAACUCUCAGUACUUCAAGCACGAGUUCCACAUCUGAGAUACCCAAUGAUUGUCCGGCAGACGUUGAAGCGUUAGGUAGAAGCACCUGGACCCUCCUCCAUACCAUGGCAGCGACAUAUCCUACUACUGCAUCACCUCAGCAGCAAAGCGAAAUGAACCAGUUUAUGACCCUUUUUUCAAAGCUAUAUCCUUGCUGGGUAUGCGCCGAUGACCUGCGAACGUGGAUGAAUCAUCCAAGCGGCGCUAACAAGCCAAAACUCUCUGGACGUGCGGAGUUCGGCAAUUGGAUGUGUCUUGCUCACAAUGAAGUAAAUCGGAAGUUAGGGAAGAAGGAGUUCGAUUGCUCUAAAUGGGAAGAGAGAUGGAGAACGGGGUGGAAGGAUGGGAGAUGUGAUUGA